AUGUCUUCCUCCACAACCCCAUCCGAUGGUAAUGCCUCCGACCCCUCAACCUAUCCACGCCAAAUCCAUCUCCCCUCCGAGAACAUCUACCUCGAACUAACCCACGCCCCACUCAACACCACCCUCAUCCUUUCCCAAAUCUCCUCCCCUGCCGCUGGCGCCAACAUCCUCUUCCUCGGCACAACCCGUGACACAUUCGACAACCGACCUGUCUCCCAACUCAGCUAUUCCGCCUACGCACCCCUCGCUCUAAAGACACUAACCACAAUCGCGCGCGACACAUUCCAGCGUUUCGAAGGGAUAAAAGGGGUUAGUAUUUCGCAUCGAUUGGGGGUUGUGCCGGUUACCGAAGCGAGUAUUGCGAUUGCAAUUAGUUCGGCGCAUAGGGGACCGGGUUGGAGGGCGGCGGAGGACGUGUUGGAGAGGUGUAAGGAACGGUUGGAGGUGUGGAAGAGAGAGGAGUUUGUGGGUGAGAAGCCGGAGGAAGGGGAAUGGAGGGCUAAUAGGGAUAGGGAUGCUAGUGGGAGGAUAGUUGAGGAAAAGGCUACUGAGGAAACGUGA